AUGGCGCAGAGCCAGGCAUCCGAUGUGCCGCCAAGCGGGAUACCGUUCUCCAAGCGCAAGAAGCUCUUCAUCACAACAACAGCAAUGUGGGUGACGUGGAACAGCAAUCUCGGCUCCUCGCUCCCGUCCAACGCCGCAACCGCCAUCCAGGUCGACCUCGCCAUCGCCCGCGGGCCGCUCGUCUGGCUCAACUCGCUCUACAUGCUCGGCUACGCCAUCGGGCCCCUCCUCUUCGGGCCCCUGAGCGAGCACAUUGGCCGGCGGCCCGUCAUCCUGUACGCCUACGCCGGCUACAUGCUCUGCACCAUGGCGUGCGCCCUGAGCGACCGCUUCGCCCUGCUGCUGGCCUUUCGCUUCCUGACGGGCUUUGUGGCCUCGGCCCCCAACGCCACCGUCGGCGGCCUGCUGGCCGACGCCCACCCGGAGCAGGGCGAGAGGGGCCGCGCCAUGGCCUACUUUACCUGCGCCGCCGUCGCCGGGCCGCUGUUCGGCCCCCUCGUGUCCGGAUUCGCACAGGGCCACUCGUGGCAGCUCGUCUUCUGGGUCGGCUUUGCCAUUGCCGGCGUCGGCCUGCCGCUGCCGCUGCUGCUGCCUGAGACGUUUGCGCCUGUGCUCGAGAAGCGGAGGGCGCGCGCCGCGGGCGACGCCGUCGACGAGGAGGCCGUUUCGGGGUCGUCGGAGAAGAGCCUCGCCGCGGAGCUGAGGAUCGUGUUCACGCGGCCGGCUGUCAUGAUGGUCAAGGAGCCGAUUGUGCUGUGGACUGCGCUGUAUCUUGCUCUGGUGUAUUCCAUCCUCUAUCUGUUCUUCCAGGCGUAUCCCGUGAUUUUCCAAGGGGUGUACGACUUGUCGUCGGGCAUGAUCGGCCUGGGCUACCUGCCGAUCCUCGCCGGUAUCCUGCUGGCCCUCGCCGGCGUCUUCAUCUACGACGCCCAGCUCGCCAAAUACCAAGCCAGAGGCUCCCGCUGGGCGUCCAACGAAACGCAUCGCCGCCUGCCGCUGGCCUACAUAGGCGGGCCCCUCGUCACACUCGGCCUCUUCUGGCUCGGCUGGUCCUCGACCCGCACAGUCCACCCGGCGGUGCCCCUGCUGUCAGGCCUCCCCUUUGGCGCGGGCUACAUGCUCAUCUUCGUGGCCAUGGUGAACCACCUGUCGGACGCGUACCGCGAGUUCUCGGCCUCGGCCCACGCGGCCGCCAGCACGACGCGGUCCCUGGCCGCCGCCUUCCUGCCCGUCGCCGCGGCGCCCAUGUACGCCGCGCUCGGCGUGCCGUGGGCGUGCUCGCUGCUCGGCUUCGCCGCGCUGGCCCUCGACGCCGUGCCCUUUGUCUUUGUCCGCUUCGACGCGGCCAUCCGCCGGCGGAGUCCGUUUUGCCAGAAGCUUGCGGCGCGGUGA